AUGUCGCUCGCAACCAGGCACACUCGACGACAAGCUGACGUCGACAACACCGGCAGGCGCACAUACACGCUGAACACGGGGGCCAAAAUCCCGGCCGUCGGCCUGGGGACAUGGCAGUCCCCGCCCGACCAAGUGCAGACGGCGGUGGAAGCGGCCCUCCGCCACGGCUACCGGCACAUCGACACAGCAGCAGCGUACAAGAACGAGAAGCAAGUCGGCGCAGGCAUCAAGGCGUCGGGCGUGGCGCGCUCCGACCUGUGGCUCACCACCAAGCUGGACAAUCCGGACCAGACGCGGGCCGCCGCGGCGCUGGACGAGAGCCUGGCCAACCUGGGCACCGACUACGUCGACCUGUACCUGAUGCACUGGCCCGCGGCGACGGUCCCCGGCGACGGCACGAAGCUCGUGCCUGGCUGGAGCUUCGUCGACACGUGGCGCGAGAUGCAGAAGCUGGUGACGACGGGCAAGGCGCGCAACAUUGGCGUGUCCAACUUUGGCAUCGCGAACCUGGAGACGCUCCUGGCCGACGAGAGCUGCAAGAAUCCCAUGUCCCUCCUCGCAGCUGACGCAGGCGGCCAGAUCGUCCCGGCGGUCAACCAAAUCGAACUGCACCCCUGCAACCCGUCCCCCAAGCUCGUGGCCUACAACACAUCCAAGGGCAUCCACACGACGGGCUACUCGUGCCUGGGCUCGACCAAUUCGCCGCUGUACACGAACCCGACGCUCCUGGCCGUGGCGCAGGCCAAGCGCCGCACGCCGCAGCAGGUGCUCCUCGCGUGGGGUCUCCAGAAGGGCUGGAGCGUCAUCCCCAAGAGCGUGACGCCGUCGCGCAUCGAGGCCAACUUUGCCCUGGACGGGUGGUCUCUGACGGACGACGAGGUCAAGAGCCUGGACGGCAUCCAGGAGCGCUUCAAGGUGUGCGGCGACGCCUGGCUGCCGGCCAAGGUGUUUUUCGGGGACGACGAGUAG